AUGCGCACCGCUGACAUGGUCAUUGAUGGCCUGCUGGCCGCCACCUUGCUGGCGGCUAUUGUGUACUAUGCUGUAUUAGCGCCGUACACCAAAGUAGAGGAGUCUUUCAACAUACAGGCAAUUCACGAUCUCCUGUUUUACGGCUUUGAUGUGUCAAAGUUUGACCACAUUGAGUUCCCGGGUGUAGUCCCUCGAACUUUUAUUGGCGCUGGUGUUUUGGCCACCAUAACUAAAAUAUAUCACGCUGUGUGGCCUUCUGCAACCAAGUUUGAGCUGCUGAGGUUCGCUCGUCUUGCAUUGGGCAUAAUCAACGGGUUCGCCCUGCUGAGAUUGCGUAUUUCAAUCGCCCGAAUCUAUGGCCCCCUCAGGGGCAAGGCAGUGAGCCGUUGGUUCGUUCUCUUCUGUCUAGGAGAAUUCCACUUGCUGUUUUACGCUUCAAGAACGUUGCCCAAUAUGCUUGCAAUGCCGCUCGUGGUUUUCGGCUACGCCCAAGCGCUUGAAGGCGAAUACAGCCAGGCAUUAGCAUGUUUCGGAUUCUGUGCGGCAGUUUUUAGGCUAGAACUCGUUUUGCUGGCCGCAUCUUUUGCUCUUUUGUAUUUGAUAACUGGAAGAUUGACCUUUGGGCAAACGUUGAAAGUGGCUAUGAUGAGCGGAGGUGCGGGCAUCUUACUCUCUGUGGCGGUCGAUUCCUUCUUCUGGCAACACUGGCCGACUUGGCCUGAACUGGAAGGCCUGCUGUUCAACGUUGUUCAGGGCAAAUCAGCGCUGUGGGGUGUCGAACCCUUUGGAAACUACUUCCUCGUCCACUUGCCCAACAUCAUGGGCAAUCCUAUCCCAUUGUUCCUGGGAAUGGUUGCUUUAUCAACAAGCCCUGUGCCAAUGCGUUCUGCUGCGUAUGCAAGCCUCCUCUAUGUGCUGAUUUACUCGUUACAACCCCACAAAGAGUGGCGAUUCAUAAUAUACGUCGUACCGCUUUUCACGAUCCUAGGCGCGAGAGGGGCAGAUUACCUUUACUACCGGCAGCGACGAAAUCUGUCCGGCAAAUUUGUGGCCAUUGUAGCCUUGCUCUCUGCUGCAUCGAACAUAGCAGUCUCAGUGAUCAAGGCCCGGUCCUCGGCAGAGAACUACCCUGGGGGCCGCGCACUGGAAACAUGGCACAACCUUUACGGAGAAAAAUCAGCCACAUCCAAAGUAGUUCAUUUGGAUGUCGCCUCAUGUAUGACAGGUGUGACAAGGUUUGGUCAAGUCUGGCCGCUGACAAUCUACGAUAAGACCGAAGACACGAAACAGCUGGAGCAGGCAUGGAGCUCGUUCGACUACUACAUCGGAACCGCUUCAUUGAACGAGCUUCCUGGAAAUUGGAAACAAAUUGCUGUUGUUCAAGCCUUUGAUCAUGUCGAUAAAUCCGCGGUAUCCAACCUUAUCGCCAAGAUUUUGGCCGAUCCGAAGACAGCGAUGGGCAAAGGAUUAGAGCUAAUUAAGCCUGGUGGUAUCCUGGGUCAAGAAAUUGACAAAUUUUGGAGCGAUUUUAUCGUUACAGAAGACAAGGUGUACAUAUACGAAAAGCUCACAGAAUAA